GGAGACUCCGGCACUAGGCAUGGCCGACAAAAAGCCCAAGGAAGGAGUCAAGACUGAGAACAACGAUCAUAUUAUUUUGAAGGUGGUGGGACAGGAUGGUUCUGUGGUGCAGUUUAAGAUUAAGAGGCAUACAUCACUUAGUAAACUAAUGAAAGCCUAUUGUGAACGACAGGGUUUGUCAAUGAGGCAGAUCAGAUUCCGAUUUGAUGGGCAGCCCAUCAAUGAAACAGACACACCUGCACAGUUGGAAAUGGAGGAUGAAGAUACAAUUGAUGUGUUCCAGCAGCAGACAGGAGGUGUCUACUAAAAAGGGAACCUGCUACUUUA